AGUCCUGUUCGUGUACCCUGUGGACUUAAUGCUAACUAGUAGACACCAAUAAUUCGUCGUCGGCAAGCUAUAAAAAAGAAAACGUUGGGAAUGGAUUAAUUCCUGAUGUUGAAUGUGGUCGCCACUUGGUACCGUUUCACGCAGGCGAGUUAUUAUGCAACCGCCGCUUUAAUCCAGAUUAGGAUUACGAUCAACACUAAAACGUGUACACUAGCUAGUAUUGUGUCUCAGUUCAGUCGGAAAGCGGUAAAAUUGUGUCUUAUUAAUGCUGGGAUGCUCGACUGGUCACAUAGGCUGAAAGACGCGGCUGUGUUGGAUCACUCUAUAGCUGGUGACAGCAGCAAGUCUCCGGCUUUCAACUGAGACCAAAAUAGGAGCUCGACAUUUUGUAAUCCUGCAGCCGACGCCAAAUAUACAGGAGCCACACAUGUCUGAUUUGGCCAAACACAAGGCGCUCUGUUGGGGAUACAAUCUAUUCGGUGAGCUAAGGACAAGCUGAGUUAACUAGAUAGAUGGUCAGUUGCGAUGUCCGGGAAUGCUCAAAGCGGUUACUCCUACGACUUCUACGAUGCCUCUCACCCUUCAGAAGUGCUUGAAGCUCUUCACGAGUUUCACAACAGCGGCCUGUUCACCGACAUCGCCCUGCAGUCCUCAUCGGGACAGCUCUUCCACUGCCACAAAGCCGUCCUAUCAGCGCGCAGCUCCUAUUUCAAAGUAAUGUUCACCUUAGACAUGAGAGAACGUGCGAACGACACCAUCAACCUACCUUGCGUAGACGGAGAAAUUUUGGGUGCUUUGGUGACCUACGUGUACACCGCCAAAAUCGGCAUAACUCAAAACAACGUACAACGUCUACUGGAGGCCGCAGACCUGCUGCAGUUCAACUCGCUCAAGAAAGCCUGCGAAAACUUUUUGAUUCGUCUGCUAGAUGUUGAUAAUUGCCUCGGGAUGCAUUCGUUCGCUGAGCUUCAUGUUUGUUCAGCAUUGGAAAGAGCGGCUUUGAGGAUCAUCCUGAGUCGUUUUGAAGACGUCACGCUUCAGGAUGAAUUCCCAGAGACCGGUUUUCAAAAGCUGAUGGCGAUUUUAUCAACAGAGAACCUAAAUGUGUGGAAAGACACAACGUUAUUGGAUGCGGUCGUGAAAUGGGUCGUUUAUGACGUAGCUUCUCGAAUUGAUCACAUUCAAGAGCUCCUCAACUGCAUUCAUAUUAACGUAGACGAUGUUUAUCUGAAAAUGGCGUUAGAUCUGCGCAAAUGUUGCUCUGAGAGCAAACUGAGAUCUUUAAUUCUGACCUCCUUGAAACCAAGUAAAGGUUUUUCAGACUGUUGCAAGAAGCCGACAUGCAGUUUGUAUGUUAUCGGUGGAUAUUAUUGGCAUCCUUUGUGCGAAGUUCACAUGUGGGACCCCGUUUCCAACACGUGGGUUCAGGGAAAAGACAUGCCUGAUUUUGCAAGGGAGAGCUAUAGUGUGGUUCUUCUAGGGGCUGAUAUUUAUGUGACCGGAGGGUACAGGACAGAGACUGUCGAUGCUUUAGAUAAUGUGUGGAUUUAUAAUACAGAUUCAGAUGAAUGGACUGAAGGAUGUCCGAUGAUCACAGCUAGGUAUUAUCACUGCUCUGUGGCGUUACGUGGAUGUGUAUAUGUGAUAGGUGGAUAUACAGCAGGCGCUCCUACUCAAGAAACUGAAUUUUAUGAUCCUUUGAAGAAGACUUGGUUUCCGGUGGCUGAAAUGAUACAAGGUGUGGGAAACGCAACCGCUUGUGUGGUGAAUGACAGAGUAUAUGUAACUGGAGGGCAUUAUGGGUACAGAGGAACCUGCACUUAUGAGAAGAUUCAGACUUACAGGCCAGACAUCAAUGAGUGGAGCAUCACAACAAUCUGUCCACAUCCUGAGUACGGCCUUUGCUCGGUGUCCUUAUACAAUAAGCUUUAUCUGGUUGGCGGUCAGACGACUAUCACAGACUGCUACGACCCCGAGCGAGAUGAAUGGAGACAGAUGUGUGCCAUGAAGGAGAGAAGGAUGGAGUGCGGAUCGGCUGUCAUAAACGGGUGCAUCUAUGUAGCAGGAGGAUAUUCAUACUCUAAGGGAACGUACCUGCAGAGUAUAGAGAGGUACGACCCGGAGAUAGACUGCUGGGAGAUAGUGGGAAACCUCCCGUCCGCUGCACGCUCACACGGAUGCGUUUGUGUGUUCGGUGUGUGAAGUCAUUAUAGUAAGUCUGAGGUAAGUUAAAGGGGUACUUCGCCCAAAAAUGACAUUUAGUUUUUUGUUCUGUUGAACUCAACAAAACUGAUUUAUUGAAACCUGAUUAUGUUGGAAACCUUUAACCAUUGACCUCCAUAGUAUUUGUUUUUUCUAUUAUGGAUGGCAGUGGUUACCAGUGUUGGGGAAAGUUACCCUUAAAGGUAAUGCAUUACAAUAUUGAGUUACUCCCAGAAAAGUAACUUUGCUCAGUUACUUUUUAUGAAAAGCAAUGUGUUACGUUACUUUUGAGUGACUUUUUCAUACUUCAAAGCUUGCAGGUAGAGGUCUGCAAUAAAUUUCUGAAAAAAAUGCGGUAGUGGUUAGUAACUCUGGUGUAAUAUGAACUCGAGUAGGCAUCUAACAAUAUAGUGCUCCUGUGUCCAGGCAUUAAUUCGCAAUAGCAUAUCUGUGAUUUCCUUAUUCUUAUUGAGCACUGGUACAGGCAGUGUUACAGGCUGUUACACAUGCUGAACGCAUGGACCUGUGCUUCUUUUAUCCCACACAGUCUGUGCGUGUAUCAUCUGCAAACCGGGUCCUCAGAGCGGGCUUUACCAACAUGACAGAGCAAAGUGAAGUUGUGCUGUCCUUCAGCUUGCAUUAGAAAACAGUCAGUUAACUGUUAGGAAAUCCACAUCAGCCAAGUCUGAGGAACGGGAGUCUUUUUUAUGUGUCAUAGAUGCUAAUGGCAAAAAAAUUACCCUUUGCGUGAUGUGAUAAUACCUCAAAGUUUUCCCCUUUAGCAGUCACAAGCAAAAUAAGUAUUGAACAUGUCACCAUUUUCCCAGAAAACGUAUUUCUAAAUAUGCUGUAAACUUUACUGGAUGUUGGUUUUUACUGAGUGUUGAUAACAACCAAAGAAAUCCAUGUGCAAAGAAAACAAAUCUAGUUUACAAAUGAAGUUAUGUGCAAUAAAAUGAAAUAACACAGGGAAGAAUUAUUAAACACAUGAAGAAA